AUUAAGUUGGUCCGACCUCGGAGACGAAUGGAUCCUCAGGAUUUUCAAAGGGCUCUGGGGGAUUUUCCGGCUGAUAGGACUGGCGCUCCUGUCGAAGCCCUGGUCGAACUGUGGAAUACGGAAAUGACCUGGGCCAUGGACACGAUCGCUCCUGCGCGCCCUAUCCCGUGCAGAGCUCAUGCAGCCCCGUGGUAUACCCCGGAGGUGAGAGCGAUGAAGCAAGAGAGGAGGAGGCUUGAGUGCAGAUGGAGACGUACUCCUGACGGAUGCAAUUAUGCCUUGCUGAUGUCCGGUCAUUGUCUCUUCCUGGAACUUACCAUGAAAAGAUUAGUCAUUUAGGAAAUUCCUUGAAAAAUUUUAUUCGUCUAAAAUCUCUCGACCUUUCCCGCAACGUAUUGACUACCUUGGAGGGCCUUCAACAUCUUACAUAUUUAGAAAAGCUCAAUCUUUACUUCAAUUGCAUUUCCUCGUUGUCAGAAGUGUUUCGACUCCAUAGCUUAACUGCUCUCAAGGAUGUGGAUCUCCGGCUGAAUCCUGUUGUUAAAAAUGAAUCUGAUUAUCGUCUUUUUGUUGUACACAUGCUCCCUAAUCUCAGGAGGUUGGAUGAUCGUCCUGUGAGAGACAGUGAGCGAAAAGCAUCCCUUUUGCAUUUCUCUACGGAUCAUGCUUAUAAAUUCAAGAAGCCUGCAGUUGUAACCAAAGGGACUGAAGCAGAAAGCUCUGCCCAUCCAAGAGUUGAAUACAUUAACUCCAUGUCAAAAAAGUGCUUGAUGAUGGAUGAAGAUGAUGAAGCAGUCUUAAAUCUCAUUACAAAGUGUGAAUGGGAUUUAAGUAAAUCUCCAGGAAUAACUGGAUCAACCAGAAGGGGCCCUGAGGUUGAAUUUCACGAUUUAAACAGUAUUUACAAAACAGAACAUAAAACUAAGAUGCACUGGAAGUCAGAAGUUUCCCCUCCACAGCUCGUUUUAUUGCAAAAAUGGAAACAAGAAAAUUUGCCCAAGGCUGCUCAGUUAGAAAAUAGAAAUAUGUUGAAAGCCACAGAAACAUAUAAAGAAUAUAGAAACUUGCCUACUUCACCAGCGUUACCAGUUGCUUACCGUGCCCUUGGCCAAAGGCAUGAGAAAAGGAAAACUGGUGUUAAAGUUGCACUCUUAGGACCUACGUCACAAGAGCUGUCCAAGAGAGAACCUAAUCUGAAGGUCCAGAACGAGGCUGAAAAGUAUGAAAAGAUCACAACCCACGCUACUUUUACACCACAUCCAGAUAAAGCCCCACCAGGAGUAAAUGAGCUAUUAGUUACUUCUCAGAAGACAACAAUGGAACACGAUCGGAAGGGACCAGAACCUAAAGGGGUAACCAGCCAUGGUGACAUACCUCAAGGGCCAGCUCAGCCAUGUGAAACAGCACCCAUGGAACGUCUUCUAGACUUGGUGGAUAAAUACUGGAAUGGUUGCAGAUCGCUUCAUUGCAAUGAGACGUUUUUAUCUCAGGCAGAAACUGUUUUGUCUGCAAUUCAGAACCCCGUGCCAACAGAUCAACAGAAACCUUCUCCUACAGAGCACCAAGAGUUGAAUAACCUUCUUUUGGAGAAAGCAGCUUUGAAAAAGCAUCUGUCUGAGCAACAGGAGCAGUACAGUGCCAAGAUCAGUAGUUUGACGUCAGAUUUGAAUAAUACCAAGAAAGAUAUGGAUAUAUUGAAGCAACGUUUAGACAAGUUGUUGGAAGAAAAUGCAGCGUUGAUAGUGCACAAUUCCAAAGUGGAACAAAAGAUCCAGGGUGCAGAUACUGCAGAUGUGGUACCAUUACAGAUUACCAAGCUUGAAAAUCAUAACCAGCUGUUAACGGAUGAAAAUGCUAGUUUGAAACAACGUCUCCAGCACUUUGACAAGAUGCAACAGCUCACAGAGAUGUUACAGGAAAGCCACAGAACAUUGGUUUCUACUAAUGAGCGUCUUUUAAAAGAAGUGGAUGAGGCCCGGUCGCGACAUAAGGCUGAAGUGGAGCAGCUACACUGGAACUAUGAUCAGUUAAAGAAAACAACGGACGCACUUCCUCCCAGCAACAUCAACAGAUGUUAGUAACAGUGAAAGGAAUGUCACUGUAAAUGGUUUAUAAAUGAUGAGUAACCAUUGGGGUUAUUUACAUGAACAAAACAACUUUUAACACUGUGGCUGAUUUAAAUUGUAUAGUAAUUAUUUUUUUAAGACUUCCUCCCCUAAGUUUAUGCAUAUAUGACUGAAUAUAUAAAAUUAUUGAAUGAUUUUAAUGCAUUAUUUGAUCAAUGGCAAUUUAUAAGGAGAGUCAAGUUUUUAAGUGAAAGAAAAUUGAUCUCUUCUAGUAUGAGUUUUGCCCUCAUCAUAAACUUAUUCAAAUAUGGGCCAUAUUAAUAAUUGAUUGAGGUAUUGUUCUGGGAGGAAAUUGCACUGAUACUUUAAGAACAGCUGAAGAAUUGUGGCAUUGAGACAUCUUAAACUUUGAGCACUUCUGCUCAUGUUAGUAAAUUUAGCAAUAAUGUGAGUUACAGUGCAAUCCUAUGCAUAUUUAUUUGAACUGCAGCCUUAGAAGGGAUGAGGGAUUCUUAUACUUUUGCAGGUGCUUUAAAAAAACCUCUUGCUUAUUCCUUCACUUCUUCUGUCCUUCAACACUUGGAAAACAAUAGCUGUUGACCAAGAAUUUACUUUGAGCAUGUGGGAUCAGGAGUUGCUAUUCCCAUAAUCCAUUAAAAAAAGAAAGAUGCUGUCGACGUGUGUCCCAGCAAGUGUCCACAUCUUCACUGAUAUCAUUUCAUCAAUCUAUUGGGUUGAUUCUUCACUGAGAUCCAUGGGAACUGCCAUGGUGGGUGUAUGCUGUGUUAUUAACAGGACAUUCUGUUUUCUUUGACCUUUUGCACAAUUAUUUCUGGAUUUCAAAACCACUGAAAUCUUGUUUGAAAAAAGAAAUGCAACUAUCAUGACAGUGCUAAUUGUAAACGUUUCAUUGUACUGAAAUUUUGUAUCUGCUGAUGGAAUGGCAAGUAAAGGAUUUGCCAUCCAGUGUGUCUUUCCAAAUCCAGUGGAACCCUGUGGGGCUACAUCCACAGCUCCAUUACCCCCCACAUUGGUUGCUAUUGCUUUUUUUAAAAGUAUAUCCUAUGGUACUGUUUCCUGUUGGAAUAACACGUUGCCAUCUUGCAUGUAGCACAGACAACUAAUUAUGCCGUGUACGCAUGUGUCUUUUAAAAUGAAACCAUGCAAUAUGUGCUUUUCCUACUUGAGAAAUGUAAGUGGACCAGAUAAAAGCCUCUCUAAAUGUUCUUCAUUUUAAAAAUCCCUACAGGGUUUUCCCCACCUUGUUUUCCAGUUGAGGUAUUGUAAUUAUACUGAAACACUUUUUAAAG